AUGAUGUGUGUUGAGCGGUAUGGGCUUGACUAUCCCAUCGGUGGCAUCCUAACGCGCGAAGAAUCGUGCAUGAACGUCUCCAGCUCUCCACGAGUGUCAAUAAUGAAUAAGCCGUUUCGGUGGCGGACUUCCUUCCCAAGCUCAUAUUGCGAUUUUAUUCCAUGUUCUUCCAAUCAGGAAUACGUAGCACGCGAAAGAUAUCCUCGAGCUCAUAUCGAAGCAGAAAUGGACACAGCAAAUUCUGGAAACUCUGAGAAUAUGCUCAUCGGUUUCGGCCAUUAUGAUGAUGAGAACGAAUUCAGUCUGAACCCCCCAGUCUGUAGACCGACAAAGCGUCCAUCCCCGGCGGUAUUUCCGAAAUAUACAGCUUCGUCGUGUUGUCACAAAGGUUUUGAUGUCUGCGUGACUGGCCAUGAUGGCAACUGGGCGCUGGUAGGAGUCGAUAUAACUCGUCUUCCUCCUCUGUGGACGUCUUACGGCAUUGAAGCGAAUUUGAACCUCUGGACCUCGGCAUGA